AUGUAUGAAAUUAGAGAAGAAGGAGACAUAGUAAAGAAAAAACCCCAAAAAAAGAAAUGGAGAAGAAGACCAUUGAAGAAGAGCAUUAUAAAUCGUACGAUUCAAUCCAAAAUCAUCUUUAUUGAGCCGUUGCGACAUAUUCGGGAACAAGUCAACCGGCUUGUCCGGUCACUCUUCGUAAAAGUCUUCUUCAUUCUCCCGGUUCUCUGCCCCUUCCUCGCACUUCUGUUCUCUUCCACUUCACCGAUCACAGAUCGUUUCUCACUUCUCGCUCUAGAUAUGAAGGGUGCCAAGGGUAAAGGGGCAGCAAAGAGGGACACCUUGAAGCCUGUUGAUGACAAAAAAGUAGGGAAGAGAAAGGCACCUCCUGCUAAGGCUGUUGGCAAAAGCAAAGCCAAGACUGCGAAAGCAGCUAAAGAUCCCAACAAGCCAAAGAGACCUCCAAGUGCUUUCUUUGUCUUCCUUGAGGAAUUCCGAAAGACAUUCAAGAAAGAAAACCCUGAUGUGAAAGCUGUUUCAGCUGUUGGGAAAGCUGGGGGAGAGAAGUGGAAAUCCCUUACUGCAGCUGAAAAAGCACCAUAUGAGGCCAAAGCUGCAAAAAGGAAGAUUGAUUAUGAGAAACUAAUGACUGCAUACAACAAGAAGCAGGAUAGCAUUGCUGAUGAUGAUGAAGAAUCUGAAAAGUCAAAGUCUGAAGUAGAUGAGGAAAGUGGACAGGAAGGUGGUGAUGAUGAUGAAGAUGAUGAGGAUGAUGAUGAAGAUGAUGAUUGAGAUCAAUGCUUUUUUUUUUUCAGCAAAAUCUGUCUGAAUUC